CCACCACCGUUCCCACGUUCCACAGUGCGGAACGCGACACCUCUCUCAGUGCACAAUCUCAUCUUUUCUUCUUCUAACCCACUGUCCACUGCGCUGACCUGAACAAGACCCAGAUCAGGAACAAGAACAGGAAGCGUUGCAGGAGCCGCAGGGAGGCGGAGAGACAGCAGAGAGAGCGGAGAGGGAGAGAGGGAGAGAGGGGGAGGUGAAAGCCAUGGCCUUUUCGUCGAUGCUGCCGCCGUCGCCGGCCCUCUGCCUCGCGAGGAAGCCCGUCAACCUGAGACCCGCGAUCUCAUUCCGCUGCCUCGCGUCCGCGGCGGUCCCGACCCGGUCCCCGAGGCCGAAGCCGUUCGAUCUGAAGACGUACUGGGCCACCCUGAUCGCGGAGAUCAACCAGAAGCUCGACGAGGCGAUCCCGGUCCAGUACCCGGAGCGGAUCUACGAGGCCAUGAGGUACUCCGUCUUGGCCGACGGCGCCAAGCGCGCGCCGCCUGUGAUGUGCGUCACCGCCUGCGAGCUCUUCGGCGGCAACCGCCUCGCUGCGUUCCCCACCGCCUGCGCUCUUGAGAUGGUUCACGCAGCUUCACUCAUUCAUGACGAUCUCCCCUGCAUGGAUGAUGAUCCAUCACGCAGGGGCCAGCCAUCGAACCACACCGUAUACGGUGUUGACAUGGCAAUCCUAGCUGGAGAUGCACUGUUUCCUCUUGGCUUCCGUCACAUAGUCUCACAGACACCAUCUGACCUCGUACCAGAGCCUCGCCUCCUCCGAGUGAUAGCAGAGAUUGCCCGAUCUGUGGGAUCCACCGGAAUGGCUGCUGGGCAGUUCUUAGAUCUUGAAGGUGGUCCAAACUCGGUUGACUUUGUUCAAGAGAAGAAAUUUGGAGAAAUGGCGGAGUGUUCUGCAGUUUGUGGAGGGUUACUAGGAGGUGCCGAAGAUGAGGAGAUAAGAAGAUUGAGGAGAUAUGGAAGAGCUGUUGGAGUACUGUAUCAGGUAGUAGAGGACAUACUUGAAGAGCAAACGAAGAGUGGAAUGAGUGAUGAGGAAAAAAAGAAGAAAAAAGGGAAGAGUUAUGUGCGGUUAUAUGGGAUUGAGAAGGCUGUGGAGGUUGCUAAGGAGCUCAAGGACAAGGCUAAGAAGGAACUCGAAGCUUUUGAGAAAUACGGUGACAGAGUUGCACCUCUCUAUAGUUUUGUUGAUUAUGCUGCUGAAAGGGAAUUUACUUUUGGCAGCUCCAGUUGAUGUCAGAUUUACCGCCAAUGUUGGAUUUGAGUGUUUCUCACUGAACUACAUAAUACUGCCUGGUGUUUGAUGCUUUGACAAAGUGAUGUGCCACUGAGUGCUACCUUCUGAUGAACUUGACCACAUGAGCAUAGGGUUGCUAUGACAAGCUCUAAGAAGCGGGUUAUCUUCUGUCAUGGGGCCAUGGCUGGAGAUAUUCGGUUGUUUGGUGAGUUGUUACUCGAAAGGUUUCAGUUUCAUUUGCGGUUUAUGUAAUCUGAGAAGAUAGGGGUAUGCUGUAUCAUGAAGCUGUAAGAUUCUCUUCCAGAAUUCAGCACUUACGUGGUUAGAUGAUUGGUCAAUGUUGAUGUGUAAGUAACUUCUAGGGAGUGUACUUGGAACAACUCUGAUUGGCCCAGUUUAUGAAUGGUUAAAAGUGGAUUUGGCAAAGCUGUUUCUACUUCUGAAAAAUUGCUUGUGUUGCCUUGGCGAGACUUCAAAGGGAAAAGCCAAAUUGAAGCAAUGAUGGCUGAUUUUCAAGAA